UUUGUCUCUCUUUCUUUCUUUCUAGCUGCCUCUAAGAGACACACACAGUUUGGUGGUGUUGUGUUGGCUGAGAAGGGAAAAAUGGGAAGGAAGUGCUCACAUUGUGGAAACAUCGGCCAUAAUUCAAGGACUUGUGCAUCUUUCAGAGGGUCUUUUGUAGGAGUUCGCCUCUUUGGCGUUCAACUUGACAUCUCCUCUUCUUCUCUUUCCUUGAAGAAAAGCUUUAGCAUGGAUUCCUUGCCCUCAUCAUCGUCCCCUUCUUCCUCCUUUUCUUCCUCAAGAAUAUCCAUUGAUGAACAUUCUGACAAAGCCUCUAUUGGGUAUCUAUCAGAUUCAGAUGGUCUCAUAGUUCGAGCACAAGAGAGGAAGAAAGGAGUACCAUGGACAGAAGAAGAGCACCGAACUUUCCUUGUUGGUCUUGAGAAGCUGGGAAAAGGUGAUUGGAGGGGUAUCUCUAGAAACUAUGUGACUACAAGAACCCCAACCCAAGUUGCUAGCCAUGCUCAGAAGUACUUUAUUCGACUGGCAAGCAUGAAUAAGAAGAAGAGACGUUCAAGUCUUUUUGACUUGGUUGGUGGAGACAGCACAAAUCCAAUUAGCAGGAGCUCUAACUGCAAGUCAGGUGAUUCAGUUCAAACAAAAUCUAAAUGUGAAGUUGAGAACGAUGCUACCUUGUCAUUGCUUCGGCAAGAGACCAAAUCAGAUGAGCAGAAAAGUACAGAUAAUUACUCUCAAGCUGAAGAACAUGAAGCGGUACCCAUGUGGGUUCAUUCCCAGAUUAAAUCUUCAAAUAAUGCAGCAACGCCUGAUUUGGAACUCACUCUUGCAGUUCCCAAGGAACAAAAUAAAUCAUCUCCGGGUUCCUUCCUUCUUGGUCCAAUUAGCGUUACUUAAACUAAGGGAUUCACUACCCCUUUUAUUUGUUAAUGUCAAGUAUCAACUCAGCAGAAGAUCAUCCUCUGAUCAAAGAAACACAUUUUUCUCUUUGGUGUUAAUGGUAGCCAUUAAUCAAGCACUAAUCUAUGCAAUAAUCACAUCCCUUAAUGAUAUAUCCCGGACGCCACAUACAGCAGUUGAUUAUUUAUAUAUAUAUAAAUAUAUCAAAUAUCUGUUUGUAUCACUGCAAACUUCAGUCUGUUCAACGGAAUUUUUAAUCAUCUCUGCAAUUUUUUAUACUAAUCGUUUCUUUGC